GGCAUUGGGAAGGCCGCGGGGCGGGGCCCGCGCUGAGUUGCCGCAGCGCCAGCGCCGCUUGUAAACAGAUCCUGCCCCACGUGACGCGCGUGAAGUACCUGUGCGGGGGCACCGGGCAUUGUCUGCUGCGGCGGUAGGUUGCUGUCCUCGGCAGCGUCGGGCUCCGAGCAGAAAGGAGGUGAUUCCUCUCGGUCCUCCCACCCCACGCCCUACUUCCCUUGCCACUCUGGUGGGGAUCCAGCACAUCCUCCCGCCUCGGCGCACUCCAGUCCCCGCCGCCGAUAAGAUGGCUGAUGGUGGGCGGUGAGGCGGCGCGCGGGGCUGUGAGGAGCCGUUGCCGGCCAGCGCACGGCGGGGCUGGCUGACGGGACAGGAGCGGGGAGGGUCGGGGGUGCGUGUGGGAAGCCGCGCAGCGCCAUGUCCGCCUUCACUCUGGAGGAAACGCUGGAGGCCGACUGGGUGGCCGUCAGGCCUCACGCCUUCCAGGAGCGGGAGAAGCACAAGUUCGCCUUUAUCGUCGCCUGGAACGAGAUCGAGGGCAAGUUCGCCAUCACCUGCCACAACCGCACGGCGCAGCGCCAGCGCAGCGGCUCACGCGAACUCCGCCGCGGUGGCCCCGCCGGCCCUGAGGCCAGAGCCACCCUUAAGGCUGGCAGCCCUGCGGUGCGCAGGGACGCCGGUGUAUCGCGGGGCUCUUCGCAUUCCCGCUCAGAAGCAGGGCUGCGGAGCUCCGAGCGAGGCGCGGCGGCCGAGGCGCUGUCGAAGAGUCCACUGCGCACCAAGAGCAGCCCGGCCCGGAGGCCGCAGCGGGGCCUGGAGGCGACAGGUGCCGCUGAAGAGAUCGAAGUGCUGGAGCUAGGGAAGGAGGAGGCGGUCGCCGGGGCGCUGUCGUUGCGGCCUUUGCCUCUGCAGGCAGCUGAACCGGCUGCUCCUGACGCGGAGCCCGGAGGGGAGGAGUGCAGCUGGGCCGGUCUCUUUUCCUUCCAAGAUUUGAGGGCUGUGCACCAACAGCUGUGCUCGGUGAACUCAGAGCUGGAGCCCUACCUGCCUGCCUUCCCCGAGGAGCCCUCGGGCAUGUGGACGGUGCUGUUCGGAGCUCCAGAGCUAUCCGAGCAAGAAAUGGACGCUCUCUGCUACAAACUACAAGUUUACUUGGUCCACAGUUUGGAUACUUGCGGCUGGAAGAUCCUUUCGCAGGUGCUCUUCACAGAGACUGACGACCCUGAAGAGUAUUAUGAGAGCUUGAGUGAGCUGCGACAGAAGGGAUACGAGGAGGUGCUGCAGCGGGCCCGCCGGCGAAUCCAAGAGCUUUUGGAGAAACAUAAAAACACAGAGAGCAUGGUAGAGCUGCUUGAACUGUAUCAGAUGGAAGAUGAAGCCUACAGCAGCCUUGCAGAAGCUACCACAGAGCUCUACCAGUACUUACUACAGCCAUUCCGAGAUAUGAGGGAACUUGCGAUGCUUAGAAGACAGCAGAUAAAGAUCUCAAUAGAGAAUGACUACCUAGGACCCAGAAGAAUCGAGAGUCUACAAAAAGAAGAUGCUGAUUGGCAGAGAAAAGCCCACAUGGCUGUGCUCUCUAUUCAAGAUCUUACAGUUAAAUACUUUGAAAUAACAGCUAAAACACAGAAAGCUGUAUAUGAUCGAAUGCGAGCAGACCAGAAGAAAUUUGGUAAGGCGGCAUGGGCAGCAGCAGUGGAACGUAUGGAAAAGCUUCAGUAUGCAGUUUCUAAGGAGACUUUGCAGUUAAUGCGUGCAAAAGAAAUCUGUUUGGAGCAGAAGAAACAUGCACUGAAAGAGGAGAUGCAGAGCCUGAAAGGUGGUACAGAAGCCAUAGCCCACUUGGACCAGUUAGAAGCUGAUUAUUAUGAUCUACAGCUUCAAUUAUAUGAAGUGCAGUUUGAGAUCCUGAAAUAUGAAGAACUGCUACUGACAGCACAACUUGAAAGCAUCAGGAGACUGAUGUCAGAAAAGAGAGAUGAAGUGGUGUAUUAUGACACUUACGAAAGUAUGGAAGCCAUGCUGGAGAAAGAGGAUAUGGCAACACCUAUACAGUUACAGAAAGAGGAGCUGCAGAAGUUACAGCAAAAAAUUCGCCAGCUGGAAGCAAGACGUGGACGUAUUUCAGCCAAGAAAGCCUACCUCAGAAAUAAGAAGGAGAUCUGUAUUGCAAAGCAUAAUGAAAGGAUCCAGCAGCAUCACCAGAGUGAGGAGGAAUACAAAAUGCACCAUACUGUGCAGCUAAAGCGAGAUCAAUUGCAAGAUGAAGAGGAAAGAAAAAGCUCCUGGGUUAGCCAGGAGCGACAAAAAACGCUGGACAGACUCCGAACAUUUAAACAGCGGUACCCUGGACAAGUAAUACUUAAAUCAACCAGGCUACGACUAGCUCAUGCAAGAAAAAGAAGUGCAGCCAGCUCAGUGUCCGAUCAGCCUCAAUCUUUGCCAGCAACCGUACAAAUCCAAGAGAAAAGUGAAGAGGUGGAAUUGGAAAGUGCAGUUCAGCCUUUGCAAGUGCAAGAAUGCACAAGCUUAGAACAACUUCAAGAUAUCUCGUUACCUCCCAAUGGUGUUACCUCUGAACUGCCUCAUGUUAGUUCUCUACUCGCCAGUCAUGAGCUUCAACCAGAAACUGUGUCUGUAGUACCACUUCCACCCCCUUUGCCUCCACCGCCUCCACCUCCACCUCUGCCCUCCAAGGAAGAUGCCGCCAAGUCCUUAGAGAAAAGCGACAGCUUUGUUAAACGUCAAAGUGAGGAGAAGGGAGUCCAGCACUCUUCUGGUAUCCCUCCAGCACAUCUCUUUGACAGCAGUCAGCUAGUCAGUGCCAAGAAGAAGCUUAAGAAGACAGGUGACCUAGAAGGUUUACAGAGGAGGAGAGUGAGUUCCCCAAUGGAUGAAGUGCUGGCAUCCUUGAAACGUGGCAGCUUUCACUUAAGAAAAGUUGAGCAGCGAAGUCUCCCUCCUUUCCCUGACGAAGAUGAUAGCAAUAACAUCUUGGCACAGAUCAGGAAAGGAGUGAAACUGAAGAAAGUGCAGAAAGAUGUUUUGAGAGAAUCCUUUACAAUUCUGCCGGAUACUGACCCUCUGACAAGGAGCAUCCAUGAAGCAUUGCGACGAAUUAAGGAAGCAUCACCUGAAUCAGAGGAUGAAGAAGAGAGUUUGCCUUGCACAGAGUGGGAAAAUUAACCUGUGAUUCACAACCACUGAUAUGAGAAAAGAAACCUCAGUUGAAGAUCACUUUUCCUCUUCAUUUCUGAAAAUUCAGAGCCAGCAGUUAUGACCAUCAAUUCCACAGGAGGCUUUCUUUGGCAAAGAAGUAGUAUUUUCUUUGGCAAAUAAUUCAGUAUAUGGGGAAAUGGCCUGAGAUGUUAAUUUUCAGGUCACUUUUUUCUUUAAUUUGUUAAAAAAAAAUCUGAUUUGGCAAAAGGUUGAGUUGUUCAGAUGUGCAUUUUAUAUAAUCAAGAAUGCCCAAUUCUUAAGCACAUUUUAUACCUGCUUUAAUGUGUGUGGCCUCUUAGGUGAGGGGAGCAUUUUGAGAGAACACUUGCUGUUACAGGAACUUUGAGAUUCACCUGAGACAUCAAACCAAGCUAUAAGAAAUCCUCUUCAUUGCAUCAAGUAUAUCUACUUCAAAAUCCAAGUAAAUGGCUCCCUGCAAAAAAGCCUGCUGGGUAGCAGUGUGAUAGUCCAGAAAAAGCAGAAUUCCUAGUUGCACUACAGUAGCUGAAAUUCAGUAACGUGCAAUUAAGGCUUCUUCUUUGGUUUGAAGAAGUGUGUCAGAAUGAAAAGUAACAAGUGACUGCAGCACAAUGAGAAAGGGGAGAUUGAGUUGAGUACAUAUUCCAGAAUGUGUUUCCAACAAGAUACAUUUAUAUACUGCAGCACCUUUUUAGAAGGUCAUUUGUAGUCUGAUUAUUUUUUUUAAAGUAGACAAUUCCGUGCUUUUAAAAAAAAUAUGCUGAACCAAGGUAGUUAUACUUUCAUCAUUUGUUAUAAGAAGCAAUAUUUUAUAAUUUCAUACUUAAAACUAUUUUUCUCUUUUGGUUCAAAGUAGCUUUUGAUUAAGCAGCCUUCUUUUAAAAAGAUCCACGUACUUAAACAGACUUAACAAUUCAGUAGUGAAAACCAUACUUCUCUUGCUAGCUCUCUCUGUUCCUAGUGGCUACAAAAAGUAUUUGUACUUAUGUCUCAAAGCCUCCUGACUGAAAAAAAAUAGUUCCCUUUUGAUUCUGACUUUUUUUUUUAAAGGAGACUUAAUAACUUCCUUCAUGAUGUAUGCUUAGAAGCAAACCCUAAACUUCAUGGCUAAUGGCUGCAGGCAGCUACUCUUGCAAUACCACAGUGCUGAGAGGUACAAGUGGCCUCGUACCACAUAGAAAAUCCAUGUGACGAUAAAGUCAGCCUGUUAAAAUUCGUACAAAUCCUGAUUUUUCACUAGAGUCUUAUUUUUACUAGCAUGACAUACAUGACUGUGUUUCUCGAACACGGUCCCUGUCCUUUUGUGUAGUGUGUUUCUCUUGUGACAGAUGAGCUACUUCGUGGAUUUGUUUUUUUUAAUGUUGUGUUGGUGUGGUUUUUUUUAAGUGGAGUUAGGCAUUGCUGCUGUCAUAUAAUGGAACACGUACUGUAUUACUUUUAUAAUAAGAUAAUUCACUUUUUGCCAUUUACUGACAUAAAGAGGAACAGGGGAACUUAACCUUAGCAAUAGAGUCGUAGAUUGAUAGAAUGGUUUGGAUUGGAAAAGACCUUAAAGAUACCUAGUUCCCAUCUGCUGGCAUUGGCAGGGACACCUUCCACUAGACUAGGUUGCUCAAGGCUUCAUCCAGCCUGGCCUUGAACACCUCCAGGGAGGGGGUGGGGGGGCGCACCCCUUUAGUUACUUGGGCUAUGUAACCUAAAGAAACCUCAGCUCUUGCACCCUUCAGUUGUUCUGCUGUGGCUGUCCUGAAAUUAAAGCUCUGUCAGACAUCUCAAAAAGAUGUCACUUUCUGUCAACAGGCAUUUUCUUAGCCUUGUUGCCUUACUUAAAAAAUUAGUGAACAUUCAUUUUUAAGCACCUUUGAAUAGCAUUACUGCAGAGCUGUAUCACUUUUCCUGUGCUAGCUGUCAGGUCUGUCCUUUCCUGUCCCAAGAUCACCUCUGUGAAACACCUGAUUUGACUCUGCAAAGAUCUGUAACUACACAGUGACUUUUUUUCUCUUAGACUGUUUCACUGAAUCCUUAGUUACAUGGUGUGGUUGCAAGCUGUCUACAUCUGUGUUCAUGCAAUUACAGCAGUUUCAAAGUUCAUCAUCUGGCAUUGGCUGUACCAUAAAAACUGUGGUAUAUUUUUACUCAACGUUUGUCUGUACUUCCAGUCACACCACAUGUUAAAAACUGAGGUAAUGGAAUACAUUUUUGGAGUGUGAUACAGUUAAUCAGAAACUUAAUGCUAAAUUAAUAGUGGUGAUGGAGCAACUUGUAUGUAAUUUUUUUUCCUGUUUUCCAGCCUGCAGUUUUAUUCCUUAGAUUAUGCAUAUGGGACACUAGCAAAAUUCCAAGCUGAGAAGAAAAAGUGUAAUUUUAAAGUGCAGUGGUCCCCUUGCAGACAUUUCUGUCCACAGUUUCUCUGUGUUGCAAUUUAUCUAGAUAGCUCCAUGCUGUACCGUACUACAGCUUUCAGAUUUGUUUGCCGUGUAAUCUGUCAUAUUUGCCUUGAAAAAUGUGUGCAUGGUUGAGGAAAAAUUACUGUCCUUCAUCUGUUUUAUAUUUAGCUGAAAUCUUAGAUUCCUGCAGUAGCAUAGCUUAUAGAAAUGGACCUCUCAUACAAACAAGUAUUUUGUGCACACACAAAAGUAAUUACGCUGAGCAUAGCAGUUUGUGUCAGUUUACAAUCUUCAAUGGCCAUCUUCAGUAUGGAUAGUAAAUUCUUUCCCCAUAUCUUGCUAAAAAAUAUAAUUCUGCUUUUUAAAUUCUUCACGUGUCACUAGAUGCCACAGUUUCAUAUAACUCACUAUUUUGAUGUAAAAAUUGUGCAUAUGUAGUGUGCAGGCUUACACAUGAAAUUUCCCUUCCUCUCUCUGUAAUGUUGCAGUGGGGAUAUAGCCACAGCAGCAAAUGGGGAGAGCUGGGGUAUACUUACAGGGGAUCUACAGAAAUCAUGACAGUCCUGCAUUGAGUGUGGCUACUCCAUAGCUGAGGAAAGUGAUAGUAAUCAUCUUGGUCCUUUGAGACAUCUUCAAAAGGCAUCGUGGCAGAAAAACUGCAUAAACACCUGCCAUGGAAGAGAGCCUUCACAAAGGACCUUUUUAACUAUUGCUGGUGUUUCUCAGUUGUGGCAGGACUUCAUUGUUGUGGCUGUGUUGUUACGUUGCUAGUAGUUUAUCUUGAGCAGUCUGUCAGCUUUCAGGCUUUUUCCAUUUUAGGAACUUUGUUCAAAUUAAAACUGUUCUAAUGUAGUGUAACUAUCUAGUGAGGUAAACAGUUGGAAUGCAUAAUGUUUAUUGUACAAAUGCUUAUGUGGGGACUGAAAAGUCUUUUAUGAGUGGGAACAAUAAGUUAAAUACUCAAUUUCUUCUACAAUAAGCAAAAUGUAAGGUAAAUGGCAGUAGUCUUGUGAUUAGAAAUGGAACUUGCAUCAACAUUAAUUCCCUGCUCGUUCACAGAGGUUCCAGAUCCUUUACCAAUGACCAAUAGUCUUAUUUUGUUACAUGUAUUUUUUGUUUUUCAUAUGCUAGUUAAGUUACUUGUCUAGGGUAGGUGAAAGCCUUUUUAUUUUUUGUAAAUGUAACUUUUUAAGUUUGUUUUUUU